AUGAAUAAUUCAAAUAAAGUACCUUUGCCUAAUGAAAAUAAGGUUAUAAAUAAUUCAUAUAAUACUAAAACACUAUGGGUUGGUGAUUUAGAUAAAAUAAAGGAUGAGACAGUUGAUGAAAAUUAUAUUUUAUACUGUAUGUUUUAUGAAUUUAGAGAAGAUAUAAUGAAAAUAAAAUUAUGUAAGGAAAAAAAUUCUCAAAAAAAUUCGUAUGCUUUUAUUGAAUUUUCGAAUUCUGAAAUUGCAAAAUAUUGUUUUGAUAACUUAAAUGGAAAAUGGAUACCAGGAAAAAUUCACAAAUUUAAAUUAAAUUGGGCAAAAUAUAACAUGACUGAUAAUAUAAAUCAAAAUGGGAAAAAUUUAAGUAUAGAAUUAGAUGAUAAAGGAACAUAUUCUAUAUAUGUUGGCAGUUUACCUCCAAAUACAACAAAAGAAGAAAUUGAAAACUUAUUUCGUAAUUUUUAUAAAAGUAUUUGUUUUGUUAAAAUGAUUAAAAAUUGCAAUAAAAAUCAAAAUAAAAUUUAUUGUUUUAUUCACUUUCUCAAUUACCAAGAAUGCAUAAGAGCUUUAACAGAAAUGGAUGGAUAUAUCUUCAAAGGUUAUAAAAUUAAGGUGAACACAUCUAAUGGAAUAAAGACAAACAACCCUGAAAAUAAUAAUUCUUGUACUAAUAAAAAAUAUGAUUUGGUUAAUAAUUUAAAUAGCAUGAAUGUAAGUGAUUUUAGUAUAAAUGAAAACAAUAUAAUUAACAGUAUAACAGAUGAACAAAAAAAAAACAAUAAAAAUUAUUAUUUUUAUUACAAUAAUAUUAAUAAUGAACUAAAUAAUAUAUAUAAAAAUAAUUAUUAUGAUUAUGAUCAUCUUAAUUCAAAUGUCAACACUUUUCCUGGAUAUAAUAGUAAUAAUAAUAUUAUAUAUGAUUCAAAUAGUUACACCAAUCAUAUUAACCAAAUAAAUAAUUAUAAUACGAACAUUAACCAUAUAUGUAACUAUAACUCCGACAUUAAUCAUAUUAAUAACUAUAACAUUAACUGCGUUAAUGAGGCUGAGAAUCAUAUGAAUUAUAAUAUGAAUAAUUUAAAUUAUAUUAAUAAUUUUAAUUAUACUUAUUCAGAAAAAAAUAGAAAAAUUAAUUUAUAUGAUAAAAAAGAAAUAAAUAGAAUGAAUGAUAUCAACGCAUAUUUUGAACAUAAUAAUAAUAGCAUUAAAGAAAAUGAAACAAUUGAAAAAAAAAUUAACUCCUCUUAUGAAAACUCAUAUGAAUCAAAUUUAUAUAGUAAUUCUUUCUCAAACAAAGAUAAUAAUAAUUUUAGAGUUCUAACAAGUAAAAAUAAUAUAAAUAAUGAUAAUGGUGAAGAUAGCAAUGAUAUAAGUAAUUAUGAUAACAACAUAAAUAAUAAAAAUAAACAUAACAACUAUGAUAAUAAUGAAAGCAUAAGUAAUAAUAAUAGUAAUAUCAUUACUACUAAUAAUAAUACUAAUAAUAGUACUAGUACUAAUACUAAUACUAAUAAUACUAACACUAAUAAUACUAAUAAUAAUAAUACCAGUACUACUACUACUAAUAAUAAUGAUAGUAUUGAUAACAAUAAUAAUAAUAAUAAUGAUAGAAGUAAUUAUAAUUAA